AUGACUGAAAGAACUUUUUUUGAUGAAUGGCCAGGCAGAGAGGUUGACUUUGCACGUGAAGGGGCUUCAACAUGGACCUUGACGAAAGUGAUCAGCGAGAAGAACAGCCAGGCUAGUGGUGAUGACUUUUACAAGCAUCGAGUCAUCGGUGGUGCAUAUGGCACUUUCUUAUGCCACGACUUGCUGGACGGCACUCGGCGCGGCGUGAUGAAAAUAUUCAUGCAGUAUAUUCCACUACCCAGGCCUAAUGAAGCUUUACACAGCUCAUGCAUUCUCAGGGUUCCCUUUGAAGGAACUGAGUACGCGCCGGCUGAAUUCAGGGCUAGUCAAGCCUCAGCCUCUUACGGGCGCGACUUUUUCAUUACUAGUCAAGUAGACGCACUGAGAACCCUGACAAUUAACGGCUGUCAGUCCACCCCGAGUAUUAUGAUCAUGAAGAACGACCUUCAGAAGGAAACAGACCCAGUGCCUGGUGGAUAUAUUCUCUUCAUUCUUAUGAACUACCUACCUGGGGUGCAACUGAGCGAGGCUAUCUUCUGGGGCUUGGACGCCUCGGGGCGUGAGCAGAUACGCCAAGCCUUUAAACUUGCCUGGCUCGAUUGCCUUAGCUCGGGAAUUUUACCGGCGCUCCAAGAUAUAGAGCACGUCUUCUGGGACGGAGCGGCGAACAAGGCUUAUAUCACCAGCUUUAGAAUGAGUGAGCCUGCAGGGGCGGAUAUCGUGUGGCGGGAUACCCAAUGGAUUGCUUGGGACAUGGCGAAGCCUCAAGAUAAAUAUGGCUGGUAUAAGGACAAGAAUCCUCACCCAGACAUGAGCAAGUGGACACUCUGA